CUGCAGCCCGCGGAGCCUCCCGCCCGCGCGGGCUGGGGUCGCUCCGGCUCGGACUCCCCUCCCCGCCCGACGCGGCCAUGGAGGACGAGCGCAAGGACGGAGCCUACGGAACACCACAGAAGUAUGACCCUACCUUCAAAGGACCCAUUUACCACAGGGGCUGCACAGAUAUCAUUUGCUGUGUGUUCCUCCUCCUGGCCAUUGUGGGCUACGUGGCAGUGGGCAUCAUAGCCUGGACCCAUGGGGACCCUCGGAAGGUGAUCUACCCCACUGAUAGCCGAGGCGAGUUCUGCGGGCAGAAGGGCACAAAAAAUGCGAACAAACCCUACCUGUUUUAUUUCAACAUUGUGAAGUGUGCCAGCCCCCUGGUCCUGCUGGAAUUCCAAUGUCCCACCCCUCAGAUCUGCGUGGAGAAAUGCCCCGACCGGUAUCUCACCUACCUGAACGCCCACAAAUCCCAGGACUUUCAGUACUACAAACAGUUCUGUGUGCCUGGCUUCCAGAACACCAAGGGUGUAGCUGAAGUGCUUCGGGAUGGUGACUGCCCUGCUGUCCUCAUCCCCAGCAAACCCUUGGCCCAGCGAUGCUUCCCAGCCAUCCACGCCCACAAGGGGGUCCUCAUGGUGGGCAACGAGACGACCUAUGAGGAUGGGCAUGGCUCUCGAAAGAACAUCACAGAGCUGGUGGAGGGCGCCAAGAAGGCCAACGGGGUCCUGGAGGCGCGGCAGCUGGCCAUGCGGAUAUUUGAAGAUUACACGGUCUCCUGGUACUGGAUAGUUAUAGGCCUGGUCAUCGCCAUGCUGAUGAGCCUCCUCUUCAUUGUCCUGCUCCGUUUCCUGGCCGGCAUUAUGGUCUGGGUGAUGAUCAUCAUGGUGAUUCUGGUGCUGGGCUACGGAAUAUUUCACUGCUACAUGGAGUACGUGCGACUGCGGGGCGAGGCUGGCUCCGACAUCUCCCUGGUGGACCUUGGCUUCCAGACAGACCUCCGCGUGUAUCUGCACUUGAGGCAGACGUGGAUGGCCUUCAUGAUCAUUCUGAGCAUCCUUGAGGCCAUUAUCAUCUUGCUGCUCAUCUUCCUGCGGAAGAGAAUUCUCAUCGCCAUUGCGCUCAUCAAAGAAGCUAGCAGGGCUGUGGGAUACGUGAUGUGCUCCCUGCUGUACCCACUGGUCACCUUCUUCCUGCUGUGCCUUUGCAUCGCCUACUGGGCUAGCACUGCUGUCUUCCUGUCCACUUCCAACGAAGCCAUCUAUAAGAUCUUUGAUGGCGGUACCUGCCAAUUUGCUGGGAAAACCUGCAACCCUGAGACCUUCGCCUCCUCCAAUGAAUCCCGCCUGUGCCCUGGUGCCCACUGCCAGUUCGCCUUCUACGGGGGUGAGUCGGGCUACCAUCGGGCCCUGCUGGGCCUGCAGAUCUUCAAUGCCUUCAUGUUCUUCUGGCUGGCCAACUUUGUGCUGGCCUUGGGCCAGGUCACGCUAGCUGGGGCCUUCGCCUCCUACUACUGGGCCCUGCACAAGCCAGACGACCUCCCUGCUUUCCCACUCUUCUCUGCCUUCGGCCGGGCGCUCAGGUACCACACAGGCUCCCUGGCCUUUGGUGCCCUCAUUCUGGCCAUUGUGCAGAUCAUCCGAGUGAUGCUCGAGUACUUGGAUCAGCGCCUGAAAGCCGCCGAGAACAAGUUUGCCAAGUUCCUCAUGACCUGUCUCAAAUGCUGCUUCUGGUGCUUGGAGAAGUUCAUCCGAUUCCUCAACAGGAAUGCUUACAUCAUGAUCGCAAUCUACGGCACCAACUUCUGCACCUCGGCCAGGAAUGCCUUCUUCCUGCUCAUGAGAAACAUCAUCAGAGUGGCCGUCCUAGACAAAGUUACCGACUUCCUUUUCCUGUUGGGCAAACUUCUGAUCGUGGGUAGUGUGGGGAUCCUGGCUUUCUUUUUCUUCACCCACCGGAUCAGGAUUGUGCAGGACACAGCGCCGCCUCUCAAUUAUUACUGGGUCCCUAUACUGACGGUGAUCAUCGGCUCCUACCUGAUUGCCCAUGGCUUCUUCAGUGUCUACGGCAUGUGUGUGGACACGUUGUUCCUCUGCUUCUGUGAGGACCUGGAAAGGAAUGACGGCUCUCAGGAGCGACCCUACUUCAUGUCGCCCGAGCUGAGAGACAUCCUGUUGAAGGGGAGUGCGGAGGAGGGGAAGCGGGCAGAAGUUGAGGAGUAGAGAGGGAGGGAGGCGUGGGGGCCAGGCAGGCCUCCUCGUUUCCUCCCUGUAGACCGGGGGUGCAUGCGGGGCAACCCUGCCUGGGAGUGUGGGGAGCGUGUACGUGUCCCAUUCCCGAGCCCACCACAGCCUGCCCCUCUCCAGUCCCAGUGUGUCUUGCUUCCUAACCCUCUGAGUCUUCUCUGUGGCCCUCAUCCUCCCACCCUGUCCCCGGAGGCCCCUGCCCAUGGGUUCCCCUCAUGCCACCGUCUUGGGGGCCUCUCUCCACAGUGGAGGACCUGGAGAGGAAUGAUGGCUCAGCCGAGAGGCCUUACUUCAUGUCUCCCAACCUCAAGAGGCUCUUGAACAAGACCAACAAGAAGCUGGCUGAGUCCUAAAGGCCCCCCGCUCUCCCCCCACCUCUCCAGAAGUCUCACACUGGGUGCUCGGCAGCUGGGUCAAAACCCCUGGCCGCCUGGGCUCACCUGAAGUCCGACCACUGCCGCCUCCCCCCACCCUCCCCAGCCAUCCAGUUACCGCUGGAUUCCAGGGACCUGGCAGAUUUGGGGCCUCUCCUCCCUAUGCCAAGGGGCAGUUGGAGUUUUCACAGGCGGCGCCCCAGGACUGCACGCAUAGGUCACUCCAGCCCUCGCUGGCCCGGAUGGGGAGAAGUCUGGUGAGGCCUCUUGAUGUCUGGCAGGCAGAGGGGCCCGACCUCUGUGGGCCGCCUCACGCUUCCUGUUCUCCUCUUCCGAUGGGGCAGCAUCUGUGUCUGCAAGAGUGAUGACCAAGCUCCGGCCCCUGAGGCCCCCCGUUCACUCGUGUCUGCUCUGGCCAGGACCGAGCACCUUCUCGACGGCUGAACAGCUGCCUCACAGGCUGCCAUACGCGUUUCUUUAUUAUUAUUUUUUAACCCGGACAUGCAUUAAAGGGUCUAUUAGCUUUUUUCUGUCUGUCUCCACGGCUGAGAUGGGGCCAGCUGCGGAGUGCCUUGUGUCGUGCCCUCCCUGCUGGGGUGGGAGUGGCGAGGCCAGGUGGGGGUGGCUCCUGGCAUGGGAGGCCACAGCAGGGGUGUCCUGGAAGGAGAGGGAGUGAGUCUGUAGGGGGAGGGCCGCUGGGACCCGGGAGCAGACCGGUGUGGACAGACCAGAGCAGGAGGGAGGAGCCCGCUAACAGCUGCUUAAUUAAUGGAAACCUGCUGGCUGGCUGGAGGCGUCCGGCCCAGUGUCUCCCCUUCUCCCGCCAGUGCCGACAGCUCUCUCUGUGAGAGAGCAAGCAGCUGAAGCCACCCGAGGGACGAUGUCAGGGGAAGGGGUUGGCGCAGAUGCUGUGGGCAAACCCGGGCCCCCCCACCGUCACCUCACUUUGAGGAAUCCUUUUGCCAAAUUCGUUGAACUCCGGGGACCUGGUCUCCUGGCUCCCCCUUCGCCCUAUCCCCGGGCCCCUGACUUCAUGUCUUUGCUCAUCAGCACCACGGCGGCACCCCAGAGAGGGAGAAACCCAGCCUGGGGUCCCAGUCUCCUGUGCCUGCCCGCCAGCCCUCAGGCCCCCCGUUCUGUCUGCACACUCUUGCGUGUUAACUGCAUUCCAACCACUAAUAAAGUGCCUAUUGUACAGAG